AUGUCGGCGGCGCGGUGGCACUGGAUUGGCGCCGUGCCGCUCCAGCUUUUUGGGCCAAGAAUCGGGUAUUUUCCACUCUUGGUGUCGAUUAUAAAGGCUCAUUUCAGCAGUUCGCUCCCACCAGGCGUCGAUACUGUUUGGUUUGAGUAUAAGGGGCUGCCACUGAAAUGGUAUAUACCCAUUGGUGUUCUUUUUGACCUUCUUUGUGCUGAACCAGAAAGGCCAUGGAAUCUAACGGUUCACUUUAGGGGAUAUCCUGCAGAUAUAUUAUCACCAUGUGAAGGUGAAGAUAGUGUAAAGUGGAACUACAACAAUUCCCUGAAAGAGGCUGCCUUCAUCAUAACUGGAAACAGUAAGAAUGUGAUGAAUAUGUCCCAGGCUGAUCAACUUGCUAUGUGGGAAUCAGUGAGGAAAAGUAUGCUCGCCAGAAACUACCUUUCUGUACGAAAACGUGUUAUUUUGUUAUUACUUGUUAUAGGAGACGUGGAUAGUUAUAUGAAUAUCUCUACCAAGCUUAAGCUUGGACCGUUUGAAGAUCACUUCUGGGCUUCCUCGUUAGAGCCUCGACAAGGUUCUGAUGAGCCUGAAUCUCCUGGAUCUGUCAAACCAUGCAGGGUACCUGUUCGAUUAUACAUGCGCAGAGUUCAAGAAGACCUUGAGUAUUUAGAAGAUGCGAUUCCUGUCAGUGACUGGGAAAGUGUAUCCAACAUAAAUCGGCCAUUCGAGAUCCGAAAGGAGGGAGAUUUCCUUCACAUAUACACAUCGUGCUGUUUUGCAGGUAGAAAGAUAACUACCCUGGGACAUGCCUUGGAGACGUUGCUACCAGAGUUCUUCGGCUCGAAGGCCACAGCUAGAGCUGCUGAACCUGCGUCCAUGACGCCAGACUCUGCACCCGACGGUUCAGAUACCACUCCAGGGACUCCUCGCGACAGAGAAGCAGCUUUGGCGAGUCCGCAGGAGAUGGAUGUGGCCAAGAAGGCCAGAGUGAAGCUGGUGCGGAUACAAGGCAUGGAGCUCGGCCUGGACAUGCCGUUCCUCUGGGUGGCCAACAACCUGAGGAACCCCGAAUGCUUCCUCCAUGUCUGUGUAUACAUCGGCGCAUGAAUGUAACGGCGACGGAAGAAGAGUAGGUGAAAGGUUAGAUACCAUAGGACCAGAAAAUGGCCUGCUGUUAUUGUUCUUUUGUUUGUACAUACAGAUGGUAAAAUCCUGAUCGUUUAGGUGUGUAAGAUAUGCAGCCCCCCCGGUGCGGUGCAGGUUUGAAUACGAAUCGUUUUCCCACUUAUGGUGGCACGGGGGGUAAUUAUUGGCAAC